AUGGCUCUCAAGUACGACCCCGAAUACUUCAAGGCCUUUGAGCCCAUGAUCCCCAUGCUCGCAGCGCGGCCCAAGCCAGCCGUCCACGACAUCGAAGGCCGCCGCAAGGGCUUUGAGGCCGCCAUUUCGCUUCUCACAGGCAGCUUGCCCGAGUCCCCAGACGUGGAGCAGAAGGAACACAUCAUCACCACACCUGCCGGUGUGACACUGCCCGUAUACAGCUUCAUCAAGAAGGGAGCAUCCAAAACGCCAGGCCCGGCCAUCCUGCAUUGCCAUGGCGGCGGGAUGAUUUUAGGCUCAGUAGCGAUGGUGGCCCAGGGCAUCGCAUGGGAAGUCCAGCAGACUGGCGUGCCGAUUUUCAGCGUCGAGUACCGCUUGGCGCCGGAGUCACAGGGCGAGAAUCUGGUCGAAGACUGCUACGCCGGUCUGGUGUGGCUGUCGCAAAAUGCGUCAAAGUUCAACGUCGAUCCUGCCCGCAUUGCCGUCUUUGGAGAAUCUGCGGGCGGAGGCCUCGCCGCUGGAGUUGCCCUUAUGGCCCGCGACAAAGGCCUCUCACCACCCCUCGCAAAACAAAUCCUCAUCUAUCCCAUGAUCGACGACCGCAACCUCGUCCCCAACGAGCAGCUAGAGCCCUUCGCCUUCUGGAAGACUGAAGACAACAUCACGGGCUGGACUGCGCUGCUGGGCGCCGACAAAGUGGGCAAGCACGACGUCGACGUGUCUCAGUACUGCGUGCCCGCCCGUGCAAAAUCUGUCGCGAACUUACCGCCCACCUACAUCGACAUUGGCGGCUUGGAUAUCUUCCGAGAUGAGGACAUCGAAUACGCGAAGAGAAUCGCCAUGGAGGAUAUUGAGGUCGAGUUCCAUCUGUAUCCUGGGGUGCCGCAUGCCUUUGAAAUAAUUGCGCCAAACGCGACCGUCACAAAACGAGCGUGGGAGCACAGAUUGAAGGCCAUGAUGAGCUUUUAG